CAGAGAGAUGCCCAAGCUAGGCGGCUUUUUUGCUUGAUAUUGCAGGACAUAAUGAAGGGAUUCAGAUGAUUGGCUGCAACGCCGUGUAUAAACCGUAUAAAGCACGUGAUAUAUUUCUGCUUAUAUAAUAUACCACUAAAGGCGGCAUCACCGGGCAGUAUCAGAUCGAGGCCAGCAGCAGGAGCGAGUUCGGUUUGUCUGAGAGCUCGACAAGCAAUUCACGAUAUUGCCAGCCCUCUGGAGCAAUCGACUCCCCAUAUACUUGAUCUGCGGUCGAAUAUAUCUAUUUUCUGAUUCUUUGAACCCCUCGUCCCGUCCAACCAUCGUGACCGCAACCCCCGCUCAUCGCAAUGUCAACUCAGAGCGGACUCAAAUACCUCUCCAAUGCCCUCGCAACCGCCGAACAGUUAACAACCUCCUCAUCAUUCGUCGAUGGCAUCGCACCCGAUCUCGAGGCCUCUGUCCGGUAUGCAGGCGUACAGUUGACCCAGGCCGCGGGGGUGUUAUUGCGCUUGUCGCAGGACACCAUCGCGCAGGCGAUUGUCACCUUUACGCGAUUCUGGAUUGGCCCGGAAGGCGGGAGCUUGCGGCUCUAUGCGGCAAAGGACGUCUCUGCCGCAGCACUCUACAUGACCGCUAAGCUGUCCUUCCAGCCGACGUCGCCCCGAUCCAUCAUAAACGUCUACGCCUUCCUACUGUCUCGAGACGUCUCGCCGUUGUGGUUUGUGAAUUCCAAGGGCGCGCCGUCGACCCCGCCCGCCCCGGAGGCGUAUACCCUGACGGAGGGAGGGUAUCUGGCGCAGCGGGUGGUGCUCCUACGGGUCGAGGCGAUCAUCCUCCGCACAUUGGGGUUCAAUACGCACGUCGCGCUACCGCAUACCAUCGCCCUGACGUACCUCCAGACGCUUAAUGUGUCGUCGCCGGACGUCUCGCGGAGGGUCUUUGAACAUCUCAAUGCGGCGCUGCUGUCGCCCCAGCUGUUGUACGUCACGCACCAGCCGAACGCGCUGGCCGUCGCCGCGAUCUAUCUAGCAGCCAGAGAGGUCGGGGUGAAGCUGGUAGACGUCGAGUGGUGGGAAGUAUUCGACGUGGACCGGGAAGACCUGGGGUUCUUGGUGGUAGCCAUGAGAAGUAUUGAAGGAUUUGCGCGGGCGGAAAAGGAGAAAUGGAGUGGGCGAGCAUUGCCCAUGACUGUGGAUGAGCUGGAAGCCGAGGUGGAACGGAGGCGGAUGAUGGAAGAAGGGGGGUGA